CCUUUUUGGAGCUAUGUAUUUGUGAGGCUUCGAAGAGUCCACCACACAUUGCGUUUUAUCUUCUCCUCACUCUCCCAACCUUUUCUUUCUAUCUUCUCUCUCUCUCUCUCGCUUGCUUUUCCCUUUUCCCUUUUAUGUUUCUUCUUCUGUCUCUCUGAGAAUCUUUCUCUUUUUUCAUCUUUUCUUGCUACUCUGCGUCUACUCUUUCCAAGCUCAGUACGUUGCAGGCUUUCAACCAUGCAGCUAACCAGAUAUUAUAUUACUUUUUCCCAGAACUAGGGUGUUUCUCAUUUUUCUUUUAACAUCUCGCUUCUGUGAUUUUCUUCCAUUUCUCUCUAUCUUCUUUUUUUUCUGCUAUUUCUCUAGGCUAUAGAGUGAUAAUCUUCUAGAUAGAGAGAGAGGGAUAGAGAACGAAGUGCUAAGCAGUAGUUAAGGAUUUUGCUUGCCUUCUUUCUCUUUCUUUCUCUCUGAAACAAAGAAAAGGGGGGUUUCUGCAGAGAGGAAGUUGGAGACAUUUGGACAAUUUCCUUCUGUCUCCUCUACCUCUUUACCUUUCUUUUCCUUUUGCUUUUCUUACUUGUUUUCCAUAUUAUUAUAAACGUUCUCUUCUCAAGCAUCGUGUCUCUAAGUUUUAGGCUAUUAUUUAUUGAUUUGAGAUUUUGGGUUGGCUUCUUUCGGUGCUAAUUUCAUGGGUCUGAUUGAGAAAUGGAGCAAAACUUUUGACAAUUGCCGUGUGAGAAAAGUGUUUGUAAAUUUGUAGAGAAUAAGAAGCAAAUCUAGAGGGGAUACUGGGAGAAGAUAUAGGGAAAAAAAACAGGCUUUAAUCAAGUUCAUGAGUUUUGGGGGUUUCCUAGAAAACGGUAGUCCUGGUGGUGGAGGUGCAAGAAUCGUGGCAGAUAUACCAUACAGCAGCAGCAACAUGCCCACUGGUGCAAUAGCUCAGCCACGCCUUAUCUCGCCUUCUCUCACCAAAGCCAUGUUCAACUCCCCUGGACUCUCUCUCGCUCUUCAACAACCGAACAUAGAUGGUCAAGGUGAUAUAGCUAGAAUGGCCGAAAACUUUGAAUCAAACGGUGGUAGGAGGAGCAGAGAAGAGGAACACGAGAGCAGAUCUGGAAGUGAUAAUAUGGAUGGUGCUUCAGGUGAUGAUCAAGACGCAGCUGACAAUCCUCCAAGGAAGAAGAGAUAUCACCGACACACUCCACAGCAAAUUCAAGAACUGGAAGCUCUGUUCAAGGAGUGUCCUCACCCUGAUGAGAAGCAAAGACUGGAGCUUAGCAAAAGGCUUUGCUUGGAGACCAGGCAAGUUAAGUUCUGGUUUCAAAAUCGCCGAACUCAAAUGAAGACCCAAUUGGAACGACACGAGAACUCGUUACUCAGGCAAGAGAACGACAAACUUCGGGCAGAGAACAUGUCCAUCAGGGAUGCAAUGAGAAACCCAAUUUGCUCCAACUGCGGCGGUCCUGCUAUUAUUGGUGAUAUUUCACUUGAAGAGCAGCAUUUGAGGAUUGAGAAUGCGCGGUUAAAAGAUGAGCUAGAUCGUGUUUGUGCCCUUGCUGGCAAGUUCUUGGGUCGCCCCAUUUCUUCAUUGGCUGGUUCUAUUGGCCCUCCGAUGCCAAAUUCAAGCUUGGAGCUUGGUGUUGGUACCAAUGGUUUUAGUGGUCUAAGCACUGUGCCUGCAACAUUACCUCUGGGGCCUGAUUUUGCAGGUGGGAUUUCAGGUGCUUUGCCUGUGAUGACCCAAACUAGACCAGCAACAGCUGGCGUCACGGGCCUUGAUAGAUCAUUUGAGAGAUCUAUGUUCCUGGAGCUGGCGUUGGCUGCCAUGGAUGAACUGGUUAAGAUGGCACAGACUGAUGAGCCUCUUUGGAUCAGGAGCUUGGAGGGUGGUAGGGAAAUAUUGAACCAUGAGGAGUAUAUGAGAACUUUUACUCCUUGCAUUGGGAUGAAACCUGGUGGGUUUGUUUCUGAGGCUUCCAGGGAGACUGGCAUGGUAAUCAUCAACAGUUUGGCCCUUGUUGAGACUUUAAUGGACUCGAAUCGAUGGGCAGAAAUGUUUCCUUGCAUGAUUGCUAGGACAUCUACCACUGAUGUGAUAUCCAAUGGAAUGGGAGGAACAAGAAAUGGCUCACUUCAGUUGAUGCUUGCUGAGCUCCAAGUUCUAUCUCCUUUGGUCCCCGUCCGUGAGGUCAAUUUUCUACGUUUUUGCAAGCAGCACGCAGAGGGUGUUUGGGCUGUUGUUGAUGUGUCCAUCGACACAAUCCGAGAAACUUCCGGUGCACCAGCAUUUGUGAACUGCAGGAGGCUUCCUUCUGGUUGUGUGGUUCAAGAUAUGCCUAAUGGAUACUCCAAGGUUACAUGGGUCGAGCAUGCAGAAUAUGAUGAAACUCAAAUCCACCAACUAUACCGUCCUUUGAUAAGUUCUGGUAUGGGUUUUGGCGCCCAGCGUUGGGUAGCCACCCUUCAACGCCAAUGCGAGUGUCUGGCCAUUCUCAUGUCCUCAGCUGUGCCCACCAGAGAUCACACAGCGAUCACCGCAAGUGGCAGACGAAGCAUGCUGAAGCUGGCUCAGAGAAUGACCGAUAACUUCUGUGCUGGGGUUUGUGCGUCGACGGUCCAUAAAUGGAACAAGCUCAAUGCAGGAAAUGUGGAUGAAGAUGUUAGGGUUAUGACCAGAAAGAGCGUGGAUGAUCCCGGCGAGCCACCGGGAAUAGUAUUAAGCGCUGCCACUUCUGUUUGGUUACCUGUUUCUCCGCAGAGAUUGUUUGAUUUUCUGCGUGAUGAGCGGCUGAGGAGCGAGUGGGACAUCUUAUCCAACGGUGGACCCAUGCAGGAGAUGGCCCACAUAGCCAAGGGCCAGGAUCAUGGCAACUGCGUCUCUCUCCUGCGUGCCAGUGCCAUGAACGCGAACCAGAGCAGCAUGCUGAUCCUGCAGGAGACAUGCAUAGACGCCGCGGGGUCGCUUGUUGUAUACGCUCCCGUUGACAUUCCAGCCAUGCACGUGGUGAUGAACGGUGGAGAUUCUGCUUACGUAGCCCUACUUCCAUCGGGAUUCGCUAUUGUCCCUGACGGUCCUGGCUCGCGUGGGUCCCUUUCUACGCCAAAUGGCCCAACUGGUAAUAACGGUGGCGGUACUGGGGGCCAGCAGAGAGUGAGUGGGUCCCUUCUGACGGUGGCAUUCCAAAUCUUGGUGAAUAGCCUCCCUACGGCUAAGCUCACAGUGGAGUCGGUGGAGACAGUGAACAACCUCAUCUCUUGCACUGUCCAAAAGAUCAAAGCAGCGCUUCAAUGUGAAAGUUGAAUGAUAAUCGACAAUCGUAGUUGUCUCGGUUUCAAUCUUCUAAUUGUGUGAUUGGUGGGUGGUUGUCGGUGGCCAAUUGUGUGAAAAAAGAGAGCUUGGUGAGUUAGGGAGUGAGACUAAAAAGUGAGUUUGUGGGUGUUGAGUCAAGAACGAACCGCGCGUGGAGACUCCUUGCAUGGUGUCAAAAAAAAGGGUCGGAAUGUGUCGGUGACUCGUGUGCGUGCAGAGGCAAGGGUGGUGGUUCGGGUAUUGACUCAGGUCGACCCCUGAAUAUUGGCUCAAUUAGUAAAAAGAAUGGUUCUACAAACAGGGACUUUUUAUUAAUCCAAUCCCUUCUCUUUAUUUUUA